CCCGGGAUCAGGAGCUUUCUCGAUCACGUGCACAAGUAGAUUCUGUUUGCUUUGGCUUCGGCCUUGGCUUGAGCACUUCGAUUCGAAAUAAUUAUAAUUUUUUGAAUGGUCGUACUAGAUCGUCGAGUUCGAGUUUGAUUCAUUGAGUGUUUGUGACUGCUAGAAGGACAGGUGCAUGUGGCCAGAUCAAGGCGAGUAUUCUGUUGUAAGCAAAUGUCUGAACAUAACCGUAGUAAUUAUUACUUGUAGGAAGUCACACAAGUAGUAACAGCUAGUUAGUUGGGUACCAGGUGUAUGCCAUCAGUCAUCAGACUCAUCACUAACUAGUUACAGGCAGUAAGCUAUAGAUCGGCUCAGUUCGUCACGGAUUGCUGCCCAGCUCCAGACCUGAUAGAUGUCGAUUGCAGGAGAGGACAGCCGGAGCUGGUCCCUGGUAUGAUCUUCAAGAGAGCUGCAACAUUUACUACAGUUGCACCCGGAGGUUCGUUCAGUUAGUCCGGUGUCAAAUCAAGACAGACUUAGUGAUCACAAUAUGGCUGAGGCUGUGUCAACAGAGAAAGCGUCGUUCCUGGCUGGUGGUCUGAGGCGUACAUUAGACUCUGUGACACUUGAGAAUGGGAUCAUGGUCGUUGCUGGUUGGUUGUGCUACGCAUUGGCCUUCUCCGCACUGUCUUGCGUCAUACUGCCCUUCUUCAGGGUGACAAAUGUCAGUUCGAGGUUGCGCUACUCCUUAUCACUCAGCAUUAUCUCCGGCUGCUUUGCGUCCUACACAGCACUCCUGGGCAUUGAGGCUGUGCUGAACUUGGGCAAUGAUUUUCUAUAUUCCACAUAUCCACCGAUUCUCAUGUACGGCCGUUUUGGCUUCAUCUAUUUCACCUAUGAUAUUGUUGCCAUGUUCCUGGUCUACUCGGCGUCCGAGCAUGCUGCUUCAUUGUCUUGGCCGGCUUGUCUGAGGGCUCAUCUGCUUCGUAGCUGUGAUCUGGUCGUGCACCAUUUAAUCAUGGGUUUUGUCAUCAUUCCAUUUGCAAUUUUUUUCCUCAGGGACAAAGGCCACCUUGUUGUAGCUGUAGUAAUUCUGCACGAGGCUAGUACUCCUUUCUUGAGCAUGCACACAUCUCUGAAAAUGCUGCAGAAGACCAACAACUGGCUGUUUAUCUGCAAUGGUGCAAUGUUCAUUGCUGCGUUUCUCAUAUUCCGCGUGUGCUCGUUCCCCUAUCUCUACUGGCGCUACCAGCAGUAUAGACAGAUGUCAAGCCUCGUCCAAGUCGUGCUCUCCUUACCCUGGUACUGCAACGCGGGAUCGUUCAGCAUCGCCUCUCUGCAGUACUUCUGGUUUGUCAAGGUGGUAAGGAGCAUUGUGCACACUGCUCGCGCCGGCGGCGAUAAGGGCAAGGCCAAGCCAGCGUAGGUGUGCGGGCUGGGUCGUUCCGGUUGUGCUUUGCGUCGACUAGUUGAAUAUUCCGGUAAGGUAUUGGUUGUCUGUUAGCCAAUAUCACCAUCACCACCACCACCACUAUAACCGCGGCUUUACCCUGCAGUGACAGAUACUGCUUGUAUAAAACGAUGGUAUCCACGGCCGUGACUGGCCCUGGUGGUGUGUACGUAGAGCUUACAAUGAUAGCUCACAUUUUUGGUGCGUCCAUGGAGCUAUGAAGGCGAGACCUCUGGUCGGCGGAGCUUAAUGGGCCCCACCACCACACUCCAUUAUUCACCCCAGUGUCUGGAGAUAUGUGGAUUUUGUAGAGAAAAAAAAGAAGAAAAACACCAGUACAACCUGUAGAUAUUUCCUCAUGUUGAAUGAAGCAACAACAACAGCUACCUAUUGGCUUACUGUUCAGCCGGAAUCUACACAUCAGCUUUAAAUUCGUUCCAAAGCUUCCUGUCUGCCGUCCGUUUGUUUUACGCAGUACUGGUAUUCUAUUUAAAACUAAUGACGGCACAAGGAAAAACAGUCGGCUGACUGAGCCGGUCUUCUCUGCGGAAUCUCAGUAUGUGGUUAUGCCAACCUCCGACCAAGUCAAUGGAACAGUACGACUUUGGAUAGAUUAGUGAAGUUUUCAAAACCAGUGUUAAUUUUUAAAAAGGACUGUUCUAUCCGGUUCUUCACCAUCAGGGUUUAUGAAGCACUAUUUGCAAUCUCGUUAGCAUGCUGACAGCAAGAGUGUACAUGUAUGUGCACAAGAUUUGCAUGAUCUUAUGUACCACUGCUCUUGUUUUAUGAUCUCUAACUCCAUACGUAAUGACUCCAUAUGGUACUGGUGAGCUUCUUCCGAUAUUUAAUAUUAUAAAAAUACAGCAUCUUACCCCCUCCAGUUAGAAGCCUCUGCCAUACUCGACACAAACACACACUCAGACUCAGACAUGCCCAUUGCGGAAGCGAUGGUAGCGAACAGCUAUGUUAGACAUAGCAACUUGUCCUGGGAUUACACCAUUCAACAGCUUGUAAGGCUGAUGAAUUGACCGCCACUAAUUUGAGCCUGGUCUACACCACACAGCUGAUUGAAGUGGCUUUUUCUGGCCAGUGAAUCCCUAUUUUUCAUUUUUCCCCCGUGCAUGCGUGCAUGAUGUCAUUGAAAUCAAAACGCGGCGCAAGGUUUGAAGCGCGGGUAGAAUUUCGUUGGCCACACCUGCAGUGCAUUAUUGUGCGUGUACAAGCAUACUACCGUAUUGGUACCAGCUGCUGGCAGCUGUGUACCAAUACGGGCGUUGUAUGUAGUAUUUACCAACCCGUGCUGUUUUGCAGACCCCGAGACGGCAGGAACCACCGGCCUAUCCACUUGUGGACUACACCCAUCCCGUGUGGCAAGCAGAGACACACCGGCAGCCACACACACACCUACAACUACCAGUAUAAACAAAGACUGUUUGUAUCGAUAGGCUUCCCAGCCCCGGACUAGAGUCACACUCACAGUCUUCCCCAUGCCAGCACAACCAUGUACGGUAAAACCUGUCAAGGCAACCACUCUGAUAAGGCGACCAUCUCUCCCAGAAGACCACUACAACUGAACUAGCCAAAGGGAUGUACUUCCAGUAGGCCUGGGCGGAUAAUGCUAGUUACUUUGCGGGAUAAUGCUAAUGGCAAUGCCAGAAAACUGUAUCAUAAUGCUACUUAUAAUGCUGCUGUUCCUCUGUAAUGCCAGCAAUUCACCAGUAGUAAAUAUGGAAAAAUGGCUUGGUUUGGGCAGUAUUGUGCAUGUUUCGUAGUUCUACGUAGACGGCAUGGAAAAUGCUAGAAAAUCAUGAUCAUAAUACAUAUGUACUAGUUUCAUGCUGCUAUUGCUCCAUAAUGCCAGCAAAACCGCAAUAGUAUGCAUGGAAAAUGGCUUAGUUUGGACAAUCCUAUGCAGGUUGUGCAGUUCUAUGUACAAGGCAUGUAACGGUCCAUUUUUUGUAGUGGCCAAAACUUCCAUAUUUGAGUAUAAUGCCACUUUUGUGGAAAUGUAGUGUCAUAAUGCUAGUGUAGCGUUGGCACGCUUGUAACUGUUACUCACACAGCUGCAGCGUGAAUCACGUCUUCAAUGUAUUGGUCACGCGUGUUACACCGCACCCGUACCCCGCACUUGCAACUCUGUACCGUGCUUGCAGAUCCAUGACAUGCAUAGUAACUAGUCUCACUGCGUUCAAUGUUUCAUAUUGACCUUAGAAAUACUAGUCUAGACCUUUUGCUGCACUUUCAACCACCUCUUUUACGCCCAUUGCCCACACUGCUAUUCAGCUCCUUCUGCAUAGAAUCAAAUGGCAUUCCUUGUGCAAUGACUGUGGCCCACACAUCUUACUUUGACCUUUCUGUUUCUACUCUACGUAUCCCCUGGUCAUAGCUUGGCUUGGCUUACUUACA